UAUCUAGAUCUAGAUUCUAAAGAUAAGAAGUUUAAAAUAUUCGUUUACAUUUUGGGCUCCAUCUGGCGUAUGUUUAUAUUAAUGUAUAUGGAGCUAACUAAAAUGGGUGAAAGGGUUUUCGCAGCUGAAUGUAUCCAAAAACGUCGCGUUCGAAAGGGCAAAGUGGAAUAUUUUGUUAAGUGGAAAGGCUGGUCUAUUAAGUAUAACACAUGGGAGCCUGAGGAAAACAUUUUAGAUCAACGUUUGAUCGAGCAAUUCAAAAGAGAAAGCUCUGGUGGUGGCAAAAAAGGACAGAGGUUCAAAAAGAAAUUUCAGGAACUUGCAGAAAACACUCUGAAUACUACAGAUGGAGACGAUGAUGAUGAUGAUGAUGAAAAUGAUGAUGAUGCAGAAGCAAGCAGCAGUACGGAUGAUGAAUCUAGUGAAUCUAGUGUUGAAGCAUCUAAACCUAAAAAGGACUCUCAUCGUUCUAUCAGCCCAGCACGUUGUGAAAAAGACCAAGAUAAAAUGAAAGAGAAAGUUACACCCGCUGGUAGUUCUAAAUCAGAUACACAGAAUAGUGUUCCUGUAAAAAGAGGCCCUGGUCGUCCACCAAAAAAUCCUAGUCAUCCAAGUUACAUCCCUACUUGUAAAAAAAUCAAGUUUGAAUCCAGUAAACCAAAACUUGGAAGAAAACCUGGUCCCAAAAAAACUGCAGUCAAGGUUAAAUCCUCCAGCAGUGCAGUUUCUCAAACCAAUAGAUCAACUGAACACACAAAUACAAUCAGUGAUAGUAAUGAAACUAGCACAAAAAGUUCAGAGAAAGAAAAUGAAAAUUUAUCAAAAAAGGAUUCCACUACUGAUACUAAAGUUGACAGCAUCCCAUUAAUCAAAUCUGUUAUAGUAGGGUCAAAGACAGUUGAUAAUGGCAUUUAUGAUUUUCCUUCUGAUGAUUGUGAUUCCAACAAAGGGUCACUUUCACACAAUAUGCCAAAAAACAUUGUAACUGGUAAAAAAUAUUGGGUACCCAAAGGAUACUUUAAGCCUGUUGUAGACAGUGUUGUUAUAACUGAUGUGGAUACUUCAGAUAAACUUAUCACUAUUAGAGAAUGUGUUUUUGAAAAAGGAUUUUUUAACCCCAAAAAUACUCUAAUGUGAUGUUUUAAUAUAAUUUUUUUCCUAAUGGUAAGUAGUGAAAGGUUUGGAUAACAGUUGGCUGCGAGAACUAGAGAUCUUACUGUGGUAAUGGCUAUGCUUAAUGUCAUUUUAAUGAUAUGUCAAACAGUUGACAGCCAAAGAAUAUGGAAAAAAUUCUUAUUCUUACACAUUUUCUUGAUGAAAAAUGUUUAAUUAGGCCUACAUUUGUAAUUCAUCCAAAUUAAUUCAUUUCAGAUAAUACUAAGAAUGUAGUGUAUAUUAAUGCAAUGAUAAAAAAAAGAUGUUUAUUAUAUCACCAGUGUUUGUAAGAAUAAUAAAAAGAAUGUAUUUCCAAACUAAAA